GCAGCGAGCCUGGGUCCACAAUGGCAGUCCCCUACGCCUUGCUGUGGCAGCAGGAUGAGAAUCUCCGGGGGCACCCACAGCCACCUAAUCUCUCUCCUCCUCUUCCUGUUCUAUUCAGAAGCAGUCUGUCGCCCCUCUAGAAAAAGACCUUGCAGGAUGCAAGCCUUCAGAAUCUGGGACGUUAACCAGAAGACCUUCUACCUGAGAAAUAGCCAGCUCGUGGCUGGUUACCUGCAAGGACCAAAUGCCAAACUGGAAGAAAAGAUAGACGUGGUGCCCAUUGAGCCACAGACCAUGUUCCUGGGCAUCCACGGGGGGAAGCUGUGUUUAUCCUGUGUGAAGUCUGGUGAUGAGAGAAAGCUCCAGCUGGAGGAGGUUGACAUCACUGACCUGGGCAAGAACAGUGAGCAGGACAAGCGCUUCACCUUCAUCCGCUCGAACAAUGGCCUUACCAACACCUUCGAGUCUGUCUCCUGCCCAGGCUGGUUCCUGUGCACGGCGUUGGAAGCUGACCAGCCCGUCAGCCUCACCAACAUGCUGAACGAAUCUAUUGUGAAUACCAAGUUCUACUUCCAGGAAGACCAGUAAUGCAGCCCAGGCCUGCCCCUCUCCGCUUCUAGCCCCUCAAGGACUCCGGGAACCACCUCUCCACCCCUGUGGAGCAGCCUUUGCAUGGUCAGCCAAUGGAACGAGGCCCGAGAGCCCUGGGCACCGGACUCUGUCUCCAGCCUCCUCAGUGGACACCACCUCCAGGCUGUCUGCAGAACUGUCUCUUUAAAGCACACUUCGCAUCUGAGCAGCCCCCUGCUCGCAAUGCUUGCCGUUCUCUCUGCUGUCUGGGAAAAGCCCAGACCACCUGCCCGGCCUUACACCCUCUGGGUCACUGCCCUAGCUGACAGGCCACUCACCAACCUCCUAAACAAGGGCUUCCCUCACCCUGAUCCAUAAACGGAUGUUGGUUCCUGGGGAAGUGUUUAAGGGUCUAUGAAAAAUGGACUUCUUAGGUUUAUUUUUUUUUUUUAUUCAUUGUAAAAGAGAAGCUCUCGCUUGGAAUUGGGUCCUUUCUGGGAAGGGUUGGGGAACUGCCACACUCCUGCAUUGUGAAAUGAUACUGUACUGCAAGUGGAAAACAGGGGAAACUUUUUUUUUUUGGCAAUUCUUUUACUGAUGUCCAAAACUCUUUGAGUGAGCAGUGAGCUCACUGUCACCUCCUGCAUUUUCUUCUCUUUUGGAGCAUCCCUGAGCCCCUCUGCCCACUCACUCACACCAUUUUCACUCAACAUCUUCCCAGCUGUGUGCAGCCUUCUCCAUCCUGACCCCCACACCAUGUAAGCUUGGCUCCCCGGGAGCUCGCUCCUGCUCUGCCGAGGUAGAACUCCAUGAAGUGCACUUUGCCUGUGUUAACGAUUCUGAAACUCCCUAAGAGAUGGCCAUGCUGUUGUCUGGCCCCAGUCUAGACGGCAAGCUCUGGGGAACGUGGAAUAGGGCCAAGCACCUGGCCCUGGCCCUGGCCCUGGCCCUGGAGAAGUACUCCCAGCAAGUAUGCUGUAUGAGUUGGGUGGAAAGUUUCCUGCCUCUGUGACUUCAGCUCUGUUUUACAAUAAAACUUUCCAAGCA